AUGGCUCAUCAAACACAACGGCAGCAUUCCACCGUCCUCGCGGAUAACGCUGCCAUAUACCCGUACCAAGAACCCGCCCAGCCUCGCACUCUGGUGGACAUAUUCGACGCCUCCGUCUCGGCGCACCCCGCCGCAGCCGCCAUCGACAACGGCACCUCGCAGCUGAGCUACAAAGAGCUGUCGGAGCAAGUUGCCGCGCGGGCGAAGCAGUUGCGAAGUGCCGGCAUCGGCGUCGGCGACAAGGUCGGCGUCCGGAUCACCUCUGGAUCGAUAGAGCUGUACGUCGGUAUCCUGGGCAUCCUCGCCGCCGGAGCCGCCUACGUCCCCGUCGACGUGGACGACCCCGACGAGCGAGCCCGGCUCGUCUGGACCGAGGCCCGCGUGAGCGCCGUGCUGACGGACAACGCCACGCUCACGCCGCACGAAGCCCCCGUCGGCGGCGCACGACCACAGCGCCCCCAGCUCGAGGACGACGCCUGGGUCAUCUUCACCUCUGGCUCGACAGGCAAGCCCAAGGGCGUGGCCGUCAGCCACCGCAGCGCAGCGGCCUUUGUCGACGCCGAGGCGCAGCUGUUCGUGCCAGAGCGGCCGCUGGGCCCGGGGGACCGCGUGCUCGCCGGGCUGUCGGUAGCAUUCGACGCCUCGUGCGAGGAGAUGUGGCUCGCGUGGCGGCACGGCGCGUGCCUGGUGCCCGCGCCGCGGGCCCUGGUCAAGGCCGGCGCCGACCUGGGCCGGUUCCUCUCGUCGCAGCGCGUGUCCGUCGUGUCCACGGUGCCGACGCUGGCGGCGCUGUGGCCGGCCGACGCCCUCCGCGGGCUGCGCCUGCUGAUCCUCGGCGGGGAAGCCUGCCCCGCCGAGCUGGCCGCGCGGCUUGCCCGCACCGCCGGGUCGGUGUGGAACACGUACGGCCCGACCGAGGCCACGGUGGUGUCGUGCGCCGCGCCCCUCGAGCCCGGGGCCCCGGUGGUGCGCAUCGGCCUGCCGCUCGCGGGGUGGCGGCUGGCCGUUGUCGGGCCCGACGGCGACCCCGUGGCCUGGGGCGACGAGGGCGAGCUGGUUAUCGGCGGCGCCGGCGUCGCGCGGUACCUGGACCCGGAGAGGGACAGGGCCAAGUUUGCGCCGGCGGCCGUGUUUGGCGGCGAGCGCGCGUACCGCAGCGGCGAUGUGGUCCGCGCCGAGAGGCGGGGGCUCGUGUUUGUCGGCCGCGACGACGAGCAGGUCAAGCUGGGCGGAAGGCGCGUCGAGCUGGGCGAGGUCGACGCCGCGCUGCUGACGCUGCCCGACGUGUGCGCCGCGGCGUGCGCCAUCCGCCGCAGCGAGGUCGGCGCCCAGGUGCUCGUGGGCUAUGUUGUCUGCGGCAACGGGCGGGCGCCUGAUGCCACGGACCGGGAGCUCCUUCGGCGGGUGCUCCCCGCGACGCUGGUGCCCAUGCUCGUUGCCGUGGACGACCUCCCGGUCCGCACGUCCGGCAAGGUGGAUCGCAAGGCGCUGCCGUGGCCGCCGCCGCCGCCGCCUGCCCCGGCCCCGGCUCCACAAUCGUCGGCCGGCGAUUUCCCAUCCGGGAAUGUGGAUAAGGAAGAGGCCGACGGCACCACGGCAUGGGUCGCCGAGCAGUGGCGUCGCGUGCUCGGCAUGCCGCCCUCGUGCGACGCCAACUUUUUCGACCUCGGCGGGACCAGCUUGGGCGCUGCGCAGCUCGUCUCCCAGCUCCGCCAGCGAUGCCCAACUCUCUCCGUCGCCGACGUCUACGAGAACCCGGGCCUGGCCGCUAUGGCUGCCCGUGUGGACGACCUCAUGGGCACCGGACACGUUGAUCGCGAGGUGGUGCCGACGCCGCGGUGGCUAAUGGUCAUCCAGGCUGCGAUUCUCCUCCUCGAGAUGACCUUUCAGGGCGUCCGGUGGCUGACGGGGCUGGCAUUUGUCAAAAAGAUCUUUGUCGUCGUUCUCGGGCCGGGCACCUGGGCCGGUAGGUACGCGCUGCCAUGGUGGGUGCUCGCCGUCAUCUGGGCGGUUUUCCUCACGGCCCCCGGGAGACUGCUCACGACGGCCGGGGUGGUGAGGAUGCUAUGCUUUGGCAUCGCGCCGGGCACCUACCGCCGGGGCGGACUGCGUCACAUCAGGCUCUGGGCCGCGGAGCGCUUCGUGGGACUCGGCGGCAUCGCGUCUGUCGCGGGCACGCCGUGGUGCCGAUACUACGCGCGGCUGCUGGGGUGCCGAGUGGCUUCCAACGUACAGCUUCACGCACUCCCGCCCGCAACCGGGCUGGCUAGCUUCGGCGCAGGCUGUGCCGUGGAGCCCGAGGCCGAUGUUGCCGGGUGGUGGCUCGAUGGCGACAAGCUACACAUCGGGGCCGUCACAAUUGGUGAGGGGGCCAGGGUUGGCGCCCGCAGCACUCUCAUGCCAGACACGAUUCUGGACCCCUUUGCCAGUGUUCAGCCCGGGGUCAGCGUCCGGGGCAUAAUCCGGGCGUCGGACGCCUCUCUCGCCCCCAAGGGCAACGAGGAUGGUUCCGUUGGGGCCAGGACCAGAGAGGGCCUCGGGAUAUGGCUCUUGUACACGAGCACUCUGUUGAUGCUGGACUUCCUCCCUGUUCUCUUGGUUGCGCCUAUUUUUUGGCUCGUUCCGACCAUCGUUGGUGACUACAGCAACUUUCGCGAGAUGUGUCUAGGCCUCAUCACAAUGGCAGCGCCAGGUUCCGUCCUGGGGCUGUUGUUGUACUCGACCUCCAUCAUCCUGCUCACACGGACGGCUAGUCUCGCACUCCGCCCCGGCCUCUACUCGUGGCAUGGGACUACGGCGUGGGCGGCUUGGCUGACACAUUAUUUGAUGAUGAAUACCAGAACCGUCCUUUUCCCCGUCUUUGCCAGCCUAUUUACCCCUACGUGGCUGAAACUCCUUGGUGCCCGAGUAGGUCGCCAUGUAGAAGCGUCGACCGUUGUCCCUAUCCCAUCGCUUCUCCGCGUUCAAGACGGCAGCUUCCUCGCCGACGACGUCUUGCUGUCGCCGUUUGAGCUCGGCGCCGGCCAGGUGCGAAUCGGCACUGCAACGGUCGGUGUCAAGUCAUUCAUCGGCAACUCAGCCAUUGUCGACCCCGACGUCGAAGUCCCGGACGGCGUCUUGAUUGGCGUCUUGAGCUCGGCCCUGGAUUCAAAGCAAAUGGGGCCCGAGUUCUCGUCCGGCUCUUCGUGGCUCGGCCGACCGCCCAUGGCCAUACCACGCCGCAUCACGACCAUCGUCGACCAAAGCCGCACCUUCAACCCUCCGGCCAGACUGGUCUUGGCUAGGGCGCUGGUUGAAUCAUGCCGGCUGUUUCCACUAUUACUCUCCGGCAUGAUUGCCACCUUGGCCGGAAUAGCCAUGCUGUACCUCCUCAUCACCUUCGGCAUCGGCUGGGCCGUCCUGGCCAGCGGCGGACUUCUCCUGGGGUCCGGACUCGUUGCCUGCACUCUGGCCACUCUGGCCAAGUGGCUGCUGACGCCGAAUAUCCGCGCUGGCCAUCAGCAUCCGCUAUGGAGCUCCUUUGUCUGGCGCAACGAGCUUGCCGAUACCUUCGUGCAGUCCUUGGCCGUGCCCUGGUUUGUGUCCAUGUGCUAUGGCACGCCGUUCCUCAAUAUGUGGAUGCGCUCUCUGGGUGCCAAGAUUGGACGCGGCGUCUGGCUGGACAGCCAUCUGCUGCCGGAAGCCGAUCUGAUUACGCUUGAUGACGGCGCCACAGUGAACCGAGGAUCCGUCCUCCAGACUCACCUCUUCCAUGACCGGCUUAUGCGCCUCGACAAGGUGCACCUCGAGGCAGGGGCAACGCUCGGCCCAUAUGCCAUUUCACUGCCUGGUACAACUAUUGGUGCGGGCACGACUAUUGCGCCUACUUCUCUCGUUAUGCGCGGGGAGCACAUCCCGGCUGGUACACGGUGGCAUGGAAACCCUGUUCGGCCGUGGAGUGUAGAAAAAGACGAAGGCCCAAGCCCCAGCUCUAGUUCGGACAAUGACUCACUAUCUCCCGUUUGA